UGCCACACAAAUUGCAGUUUAUAAAUACUAUGAAUACAAUAGUCAGAGGAGCAGUUGUAACUCUUAGCCAUGUGGAAACUGUUACUACUAGUGCAAGUUGUAUCUGUGUCAACACACAGAACGCUGAGCUGUCCAGCGGCUGCCAAAGCUCAACCACAAUUUCAUCUGGUGCGUGAAUGUCAGCGAGCCAACACAGAUGAUGCACUUGCUCUUGAAAAUACGCCAACGCUAAAGGAAUGCGUGGAGUUGGCACGCGAGUUCCGAGGAUUAGCAUUGAACUACGCGCCACUCGAACGGAGACGACAUAUAUAUCCUAAUACGAAGCAGGAUGCACGUCAACGCUUAAGUGUUUUUGAGCAGCCGGGAGAGUUUUUCAACUGUCAUGUACUGCAGUGUCCACAAAACACAAGUUUUGCGGGCAUGAUGAACGACAGUCGCUUCGACUACUAUAGUCUCUAUGGCAGACCAACAGCUCUAAACAACAUCAGCUGCAUACCGGAAGUGGGUCUAUUUGUGAUCUACACCAGGCACACCAAUUACACAGAUGCUACUUUGAGUUGUCGCAAUGCCAGCGAGUUCAGAGGCAGCCUGGCUCACAUUGCCUCCCAGAAACGCACAGAAGAGCUGGCCAAAUGGCUGCGAGAUUACAAUAGUCAGCGAGCGAACUCUGCCAUCUUUUUGGCUUAUGUGGGGUUGCAGUACAAUAGCAGCGUAUCGUUAAGAGCAAUGGAUUAUCGCAAUGAGCAGCAGGAGAGCCUGUUGUGCUUCCUCUUCAGCGCCUGGCAUGCAGGUCAUCCGCGCUUAGGUGCUUCCCAGGCCAAUGCCAGCUGCGUGGCGCUAACUCCGCAGGCCACUUGGCAAACGACAUCGAGUUGUGACCAUGAGUUGCCUUUCAUCUGCGAAAUCUUCACGGCCACCAAUACCACACAACUGGACACAGGAGUAAAUGCAGCGACCGAAGCGUGUGUGAUUAAUUGA